AUGAAGGGUGCCGAAGGAUAUCCCGCCUUGGUGGUGCAGAUGAUUGGACCGGGCUCCUCAGCCUUGGGGACUUCAAGGAAGAGCGGCACGAGUUCCAGGCCAAGGUCGCAGGCAUGGCGCAGGAAGUCUUGGCGUCCAUUAAGGCGAAGUUCGAGGCGGACAUCGCGAAGGCCGAGGAGACGCUCGCCAAAGCGGACGCCGAGAAGGCGACGCGUGAGGCCUCGGGAGACGAAGAAGGCCACGGAGGAGAAGGCCCAAGCCACCGCGGCAGCCAAGGAGGAAGUGACGAGUGCGGAGGCUUCCUUAAAAGCGGCCAAACAGGCAUUGAAGACAGCCGAGCAAGAGCAGAAGGCAGGAGAUGCCAAGGUCACGGUGGACGAGGCGAAGAAGGGAAAGCUCAUGAGCACGAUGGAGUCGGUCUUCCUUCCCUGCAAGGAGGGAGCCCUUGCAGAGAGCGCCAUCACCAAGGGCAUCGCAGAUCUGCAGAAGUUGGGGAAAGAGUACGGCUUCGAUACAGCCCUGCUGACUUCUCUGCCCAGCGCCCUCUCGAAGGAGCCAGCCUCUCGUGGCGACUUUGAUGGGGUGGUGGUGAAGCAAGUGGAGGAUGAGCUGCAAAAGAGGCUGGACACGCUCACGGCGGAACUGAAUGAGGCGGAGCCGGCUCGGCAGGCGCGCGCCGACAAGGUGGCCAAUUGCAAGGCUGCAGUUGAGGCAGGCAAGAUGAAGCAGGAAAGUCUGGAGAAGGCCCUCAAGGACGCGACCACGGCUGAGAAGGAGGCCGUCGUGGCAGCCAAGGCUGCGGUCAAGGCAUUGAAGGCCUUCGGCCCCGAGAUGAAGGAGACGAAGGGCGCGCUGGACGAGGCGAAGGAGUCCUUGGACGACUUCACUUCUGGUGCCUUGAAGACCUUCACUGAGCUCCUUGAGCACACCAAGCCGCCGCCGGAGCCCGUGGAGGCGGAGGCCGCCAGCUGA